AUGCCGCUAUGGUCCUCCUCCAACAAGACCUCCGCCAACACCCUCAAGAAGAUGGUCGGCCUCACCACGAUCCUGGCGCCUACACGAGACGGCUUCCACUUCCAACCCGCUCCCCGGCCGAUGCCCCUCAUCAAUAUCACAAACGUCGACGGCGCUACGGACCCUUCGUCCUCAUCAUCGGCCGCAUCGGACCCCAAGGAGGCAGUAGUUUCGCCCAGUCCCGAUGAGAUCCUGCUCAGCCAGGCCAUUCGCGAACGUUUCGAGAAGAUAUUCAACGACCUACGCUCCCGCCGCUCUUCACUAUCCCGCGAACCUUUUGUGACCCGCGACCAACUACUCGUAUUCCUCGAGAAUACUCAGGGCGAGACCGAUGUCGAGGCUGUAUUGCCUGAGGGUCAGCAACGAUACAACUAUGGCGAGUUCCUCGAAUUGUGGUGGAGAAACUACGGCUGGGAUGCCACCCGCCUAAUAAAGGAGGAGGACAAGGACUUGAGUCGGCCCAUUACGAACUACUUCAUCAGCAGCAGCCACAACACAUACUUAGAGGGCAACCAGCUUGCCUCCAGGAGUUCGCCCGAGGCUUACAAAACUGUCCUUCGCCGUGGAUGUCGGUGUAUCGAAAUCGAUAUCUGGAACGGAGACACACCCAUCACAACACAAGAGGGCAGCCGCUCCCCCAAACCUGAUCACUCGAGGAAUCUGUCUGGCUCCUCCCUUCCCAACGUGGCUGCAAGCGUCAAGGAGACGGUGGAAGAUCUCCUGAUCGAACGCAGCACGAACGGCAAUGGCCACAACAGAAACACCAGCACUGCCAGCAAAUCUCUGAAUCCUCGCGAUAGUGCCACUCUACUGGGACCGAGCGAGUCCACCGAUUCCCUCGGCAAAACCCUACGGCCCUCAUCGCCGACCCCCUCAAUGAAGAAUCGCCUGCCGUAUCCCAAGGAUGAGCCCAUUGUCACACAUGGCUGGACUUUGACAACUCCUUGUGGCUUCAGAGAGGUCUGCAAGGCCGUCCGCGAGUCCGCCUUCGAGACGAACGAAUUGCCCUUGAUUGUCAGUCUUGAGGUCCAUGCCGACAAGGAGCAGCAGGAGGUCAUGGUCAGGAUCAUGAAGGAGGAGUGGGAAGGCAUGUUGAUCGACAAGUCUUGGGAGGGCAUUGAUCCCCGGUUCCGCCUCCCCAAGCUCGAGGAGCUCAAGCGCAAGAUCCUGGUCAAGGUUAAGAAGGCGCCUAAUAAGAUUGAGGUGCCUCCCAGCACGACAGCCCUCUCUCAAGUAUUUGCCAACGACGAGGACGCUUCGGGUUCCGACGAUGAACGCAACAAGGAGGCACCCAAGCAAGAGACACCGAAACCGCCCAUGACACCCAAGUUCGAUGCCCCGGCCAAGGUCCAUAGUGGAAACGAGCCGGCCAAGAGCACAAAGGUGGCCAUUUGCCAGGCACUCAGCAGUCUGGCCAUCUACACUCAUAGCGAGCACUUUAAGAGCUUUGAGACACCGGCGGCUAAGAAACCGAGUCAUAUCUUUUCGAUAAGUGAGAACAGGAUCCUAGAACUGCACACGACCAAGGCCCGCGAGAUGUUCACGCACAAUAAAAACUUCUUCAUGCGGGCAUUCCCCAACGGCUCGCGUGUCGACAGCUCCAACCCAGACCCCAGUCUCUUCUGGCGCAAGGGCGUGCAAAUGGUUGCUCUGAACUGGCAAUAUCUUGACGAAGGAAUGAUGCUCAACGAGGGCAUGUUCGCGGACGAGCUGGGAUGGGUCCUCAAGCCUAUUGGAUACCGCAGCACUGACAAGGACACGCUGACAGAGGUCGACGCCGCGCCGCAGGGCGACCUGGAGCUCACCGUCACCAUCAUCGCCGGCCAGCACAUCUUUGUCGACGACGAUUCUGCCAGCGACAGCAGCCGCGGCAAGCACCUCCGGCCAUUUGUCAAGUGCGAGCUUCACGUCGAGAUUGGAGCGCAGAACGGAAAGGCUGCGGACGAAGAUGACUUCAAGCUCAAGACGGGGUCGAGAAAGACUGACCACCCCGAGUGGGAGAAUGGAGCACGGCUCAAGUUCCCCAAGAUCUCGAGGGUGGUGGAGGAGUUGAGUUUCCUCAGAUUCAAGAUUGAGGAUGAUCCACUCCUCGGUGGCGACGAGCUUCUCUCGUGGGCAUGUAUCCGCCUCGACCGUCUACGUCCCGGUUAUCGCUUCAUCAAGCUCAUGGACACCAAGAACAGGCCGAUUGAAGGUGGUAAGCUGCUCGUCAAGAUCGAUAAGGUGGUGCGGUAG